UUUCUUCUGCCUUCAACCCCCUAACCUCUAACUUAGUAUCGCAGCCGCCAUUGAGUCCUUUGCCAUUAAUUUCCCUCUCUCUUUUCUCCUAUUUCCCUUGAUUUAGAGGUUGGAGGUGAGCGAAAUUUCUCACAAUUUUAAGUUAUCUAAAGCCUAGAGAUCUCCAAAACAAAAUAAGUACCAGUAGCGUAUGUGGACUGUGGAGCAUACGUAUCGUGUGUAAACACUUCUGUUACAGCACAAAUAUGCGGUUAGCCCGCUCUUAAUAAAAUCGGUUGGUGUGAACACUCACAGAUACUCAAGAGGAACACAAUACGGUAAUACCCGGUGACAUCAACCCAACUUCCCAAGCAUAUGCAUCAUGCUUACCUUGUUACUUAUGCUGUGGAAGGAAGGUGACCUUGCUGUUCUCUUUCAGAGGAAAGGCAAAAAAAUGAUCAGUGAAGGAAUGGUGAUCGGCAAGUGAGGUCAACACAUCCAUGGGGCCUUUUAACGCAACGUGUACCCAGUAAAAUUAUAAAAUACUCCAUCCCCUUUAUAUUAUAAGUCGUUAACUUUUUUUCUAGUCAAAUUUUAUUAAGUUUAGCUAGAUUUACAUAAAAAUUAGUAACAUCUUAAAAAUCAAAUUAAUUUCAUUAAAUCUAACAUUGAAUAUAUUUUCUAACAUUAAAUAUACGGAAUUGCUAUUCAUCUGUUGAUAGAUUUUUUUGAUAAUAUGUUUGUUUUGUGUAAAAAAUAUUAAAGAAGUUUAAUUAGAAAAAAGUGAUUAUAAUAUGUAAGCUUUCUGUUGUUCAAAAGGGCAAAAUUUGGUGGCUUUCCUGACCAAAGCAGAGCACCAAGAGCCAGGAAGAAAAAGCACGAGAUCCUGAAGAAGAAACCAGUCAACCAACUCGUGCACAUUACAUUUCCAUGCCAAUGCUUCGGCUUUAGUGACGCAAGAGCUUACCAUGCCGUCGACCUAGUCGCCGCCGCCGUGGAGCCCACACACCUUAUCAAUUGGAGUAUAUAUUACUGCCUUGAUUAGCUCAGCUGUCAGCUCGACUCACAUUUCAUCACCGACAAGCAGAAGUGAUCUGAUCAGGAGCACAAAAAAAAUCAUCUGACACUCGAUCGAAUUUUUACCUUUCUUUGAUCAGCAUUGUCAUUCUCAUCAUCUCAGGGGGAAGGAUCAUAUUCAUCGUUGUUGUCGACGAUGAUGAUGAGUAGUAGUGCCGAUCAUUUCAGCAACAAUAAUAAUAAUCAGGCGAUGUACUUGGAGCAAGAUGAAGAUUUCUCCCAGAUGAUCAUGGAGCUGUGUGAUUUUGAUGCGAGUAGCACGACGCAAGCUCGCCAUGGCGGCGAAGCAGCAGCAGCAGCAGCUGGGAACGCGAGGGCGGUGCUGACGUACCUGACAUUUCUGGAGCAGAAGAUCGGCCACCUCCGCGGCAUAAUCUCGUCGACGCCGAACCCGCCGCCGCAGAUCGUCGCCGCCGAGCUCAGCUGCAUCGUCGUGCAGCUCGUCUCCAUCUCCAAGAACCUCGCCGCGGCGCGCCGCGGCGGCGACGACGCGGACGCGGACGCCAAGCACGACGGCAGCAGCGACGCCGACGAGGGCGCCGAUGGCGACGGCGAGCGCGCCCCGCCGCGGGGCUCCUACGAGGUGGUCCAGAUCGAGAAGGAGGAGAUCCUGGCGCCGCACGUCCACUUCUGCGGCGUGUGCGGCAAGGGCUUCAAGCGCGACGCCAACCUGCGGAUGCACAUGCGCGGACACGGCGAGGAGUACAAGUCGGCGGCCGCGCUGGCCAAGCCCGGCGGUUCGCCGUCGCGUUCGCCGGCGGCGGCGGACGCGGCGGCGAGGAGGCGCUUCUACUCCUGCCCGUACGUGGGGUGCAAGAGGAACAGGGAGCACAAGAGCUUCCAGCCGCUCAAGACGCCCACCUGCGUCAAGAACCAUUACCGGCGGAGCCACUGCGACAAGAGCUUCACCUGCCGCCGCUGCAACGUCAAGAGGUUCUCCGUCGUCGCCGACCUCCGCACCCACGAGAAGCACUGCGGCCGCGACCGCUGGGUCUGCUCCUGCGGCACCUCCUUCUCCCGCAAGGACAAGCUCUUCGCCCACGUCGCCAUCUUCGACGGCCACUCGCCGGCGCUGCCGCCCGAGGACUACGACGACGACGCCGCCUCCGGUCAGCUGCCGCACGCCGCCGGCGAGGCAGUGGGCAGAACGGUGGACACGAACCGCUUCUUCUCCGAUGGAUUGAUGAUCAAAGGCAGCAUGGAGGAUGAGCGAGGAAGCCUCUCGCCGAUGGGGCUCGAUUACUGUGAAUUCGAUGGAAUUGAUCUCUUUGCAGCAGCAGCAUUCGAUUUUUGAGAACAGAGGAUGGUUUCAAACUUUGAACUGUCUCUCAAACCUGAUGAAUAAUGUCAAAGCUUAAGCUUAAUCAAUUGACACUAGCAUGUACAACACUUAGGAAACAUGUUAGAAACAUUUUUUUUCUCUCUAAAAAGGGGAAAUCAGAAGAGGGCAUUAGACUGGACAUACCUUAAUCCUGCACAUGUUGAAACAA